CUUAACGGGCCUGCAAGACCAACCGGGAGAAAACAGAAAGAAAAAUCAACAGGUUGCAUGAAGAAACGUAGAUAGCUCCUCUCUGCUCUCAUCACCGCAAGCAAAAAAACAUGCAAGGAGGAUCAACUGGCAUUGGCUAUGGCCUCAAAUAUCAGGCAAGGUGCAUAUCAGAUGUGAAGGCAGACACGGAUCACACCAGCUUCAUCACUGGAACUCUCAGUCUCGGAGAAGAAAACGAGGUGCACUUGCUUAGGUUAUCUGCAGGCGGAACUGAAUUGAUAUGCGAAGGGUUGUUUUCGCACCCUGAAGAGAUCUGGAAUCUCUCUUCUUGUCCUUUUGAUCAACGUGUUUUCUCCACUGUUUUCUCCGCUGGUGAGUCAUUUGGAGCAGCAGUGUGGCAGAUUCCUGAGUUAUAUGGGCAGUUAAAUUCUCCGCAAUUGGAAAGGAUUGCGUCUCUUGAUGGACAUGUUGGGAAGCAUAAUUGUGUCCUGUGGUGGCCAUCUGGAAGGAAUGAUAAGUUGAUAAGCAUUGAUCAGGAAAAUAUCUUCUUGUGGAGUUUAGAUUGUUCAAGACAAGCAGCCCAGGUAGAGGUGCAAUCGAAGGAGUCGGCUGGUAUGCUGCAUUACUUAUCUGGUGGAGCCUGGGAUCCACAUGACGUGAAUGCUGUUGCAGCAACUUGUGAAUCCUCAGUCCAGUUUUGGGAUCUACGGGCGAUGAAGAAAACAAAUUCAAUUGAGUGCGGCCAUGUUCUCAAUGUAGACUAUGACACCAGGAAGAAACAUAUACUUGUUACCGCAGAGGAUGAAUCUGGGAUACACAUUUGGGAUCUUAGAAUGCCCAAUGUUCCUGUAAAAGAGCUUCGUGGACAUUCACACUGGACAUGGGCUGUCGCAUGCAACCCUGAAUAUGAUGGACUGAUCCUGCGCUUAUGGAAUACGGGAAGUAUAAAAAACUGGUCACAAGUAUCACUGUUUCUUGGCUGUUUAUGUAUCAUCAAUUAUAUGCCUUGCAAUAAGGCGGUGGGGAAGAUGCCCUUCCAUUUGAAGUCAUUCAUUGUCUGGAUGGUUGUUAUGAUAACGAAACAGGUUACGCUGUCCCUUCUAGCUAUCCUAUUUAUUAACAUUUUCCUGACCAAAGGUAAGUUAUUGCAGAGUGGUGGUUCAGACUCGACUGUCAAUUUGUGGUUCGCUUCUACGACAACCAGUGAUGAGUUGACAUCUGAAAGUGUGUUAAAAUCACCAACUCGGGAACUUGAUUCAUUGCUGCUGAACUCAUUCAGUGACUAUGACGACAGUGUCUAUGGGCUUGCUUGGAGUUCUCAGGAACCUUGGAUUUUUGCAUCUUUAUCCUAUGAUGGGAGGGUUGUAGUAGAAUCAAUAAAGCCUUAUCUCCCCAAAAAAUGAAUUCAUCGCACAUAUGCCCUAUGUUAAAUCAUCUUCUGGCUGUUUCCACCAACACUAAAUGUCAGGUAGGACUCCAUUGAAAAAACAAUUCUGCAAUGAAGUCUUAUCAUGUCAAUGCAAGUUUCAUUGUACUCUUAGAUGCUGAAGAGCUUUUUUCGUUACAUUUGACGCUAUAUCGUCACCGAGUUUGUCCCGUGUAUAUUGUAUACUAACUCUGCAAAAUGCCCAAAUUCUUUUUUAUCAGUGGAAUCCAUGAGAACAUAACUUGUUAA